UAGUUUAUCAUCUUUGUUUUCUUUAAAUCAGUUCCUAAAAUAUUGAAAAAAUUAAUAAUAAUAUGGACAUUGCUUUGGAUAGUAUUCCGGCCACUUUGAGUGAAAUACCGGCCAUCUUUUUUCUGACCACCUUUUGUGAUGCAACGGAUAGAAAAUUUCAAAACGUCAAACGGAAAGAGUUUAAUACGUUCAUAUGGCCCACAAGUCCAGAGAUCUUCCGUGUAAUUUGUCCUGAAGACCUAAAGAGUAGCAUCUCAAAUUUACGCGCUGAUUCCCGUAGCAAUUUGCACUUCCUGAACUCUUCCAAUGACUUUUUCACAUCAUCUUUUUCAUAGAAGCGAUGGUUUUUUUCUCUGGACAUUGUAGAAUUCAGAAAUUGAAAAAAACAUAAAAUGAAUAAGAAAUUUAGGAAAGCAAAAAUGUUGCCGGAAUAGGCAACAUUACCUCACCGGAGAGACGCUCACAAAGUAUAUACUUUUUUACGCGAAAUACAGGAUCCAGCUUGGAAAAUUGACCCGAAAUUUAAAGAUUGAUUCACUCUUAACAUAAACAGAAAGAAUCUUUAAUGAAAACUAAUCAAUUUUCAUGAAAAACACCGAAGGAAAACCUUUUGCACUUCACCACAAAUCACAAGUGAUCCGUCACAUUUUUUGUAAGACUCUUUCCACACUGAGUUUCUACAACACAAUUUAAAUUCAAAUUAUACCUAAAAUUUAACGGUCUUUGUGUAAUUACAUCUUAAAACGAAUAAAUAUUUAAAAGCAAAAUGAAUUCAUUGACUAUUCGAAGAUUACAUACAUAUUUUUAAUUAAUUUAUUUACUUGGCCGAAAUUACACUCAAAGUGGCCGAAAUUAGAAGCUGGCCGAAAUUUGGUACACUUACCCUAUGUAGAAAGAAAAGUAUUGAAAUUUCUUAGAUAAAAUUUAAUAAAUUUAUAAAAUUAGCAUUUUAAAGAUAUUUACUGAAAAAUAAUUAUGGAAAAGGUCUUUUAUUUUCAUUAUUAUUAUUAUUAUUAACAGUGUUGAGGCCUAAAAUUAAGUUAGGCUUUCCCAGAAACGGGCCACGUUUAUUUAGACUUCGUCACUUUUUAGAUCAGGAAAAUUUCAUGAAGUCGAAAUUCAAAUCUCUUUCUUUCUCACACGUCUUGUAUGUGUCUAUCCCGUUCUUUUGCACUCCAAAUUCGAAUGAGAUGAAUUUGUUGUGAUGUUUAAAAGAAGAAGAAGAAGAGUGCGAAAGAAUGAGAUAGACAUAUACAAAGCAUGUGAGAAAAACAGGGAUUCGAAUUUCGAUUUCAUGAAAUUUUCCUCAUCUAAAAGGUGUGCCGGAUCCACCAAGUUGAGCACUGAUCAAAUUUGAUUUUUUUUUCUGAACAUGUUUAUAUUUUAUUUUUCACUGCUUAAUAAGUACACUGUCCUUUUAAUAUAGUUCAAAAGCUGUCCUUUAUCUUACUGUGUUAUCACACUUGCACAUUAAAAUUUUAAUAUGAUUCAGAUUAAUUGUCGCUGGUAAGAGCCCAAAUGUGUAAUUUGUGUGUUUGAAUCAUUUUAUAUUUAAAAUUUGAUCUAUUUGUUGAUAAAAAGGUAGACUUGGCCCGCAAAAUUUGAUAUAAAUUGAUUUAUAGCAUUAAUGCGAAAAAUUAAUGCGUUUUUCUCUUUAAUUUUUUAAUGUGAAAAAUAUUUAUGGUUUAGGUAAAUUUAAACUAAUUUUUGCAGGCCAAGUCCACUUCUUUAUUAAUAAAUAGAAAAACCCCAAAUAUUAAGUGACUCAAAGAAGCAGAUAACAUAUUUGGACGCUCACAAGCGACAAUUAAUGUGAAUCACAUUAAAAUUUUAAUGUGCAAGUAUGACUGACGUAGAUAUUUAAUGUCAAAAUAACGUAAUUUUGAGGUAAUACCGAGGCUAUACCACAAAAGAACCUCAAGUAACUUCUGUGACGUGAAAAUUACGUUUUAUUACCUAAUUUGAAUACUACAAUCAAAUUCUAUAGUCUAUAAAAUUCAAUAGUGAUAACGCCGUUAGAACUGAAUGAUCAAACUCAUUGACUAUUUAUAAGAGAAAACCAGAUUGUAUUUUCACAAUAAAACUCCCACUUUGGAAUUUUCAGAAUUAUCAUAAAACAUUUUUCCAGCAAGUUUUGCAAAUGUAUUGAAAGAAUAAAUAGUAUAAAUAAAGAAAAUCCAGCCAGAAGGAAAAUUGAAAUUCUAUUAUUAUUUCAUCAUAAUCAUAAAUUUUAUCCCCUGAUUGUGACUCAUUUGAAUUUUUUGCUCUGCAUGUGUAUGAUGAAUUUUAUUUCUAACAAAAAAAAAUUUAUAUCUCAGAUGAUGUAUUUAAAUUAAUUGAGCUCUCGAUGUACGUAAUAAUUACGCUGCUGCCGCAUUAAAAUGCUCUGUUGCACUGAUCGCACAAGCUAGUAAAACAAAGAAGGUUCCAAAGCAUAAGGCAUAAUACACCACAUAAAGUACUACAACCAUUUGCCACGAGGGAAUAUCGUGUCAGUUAUUCAAAAGCUUCCGAUCCGUGAAGAGUUUUGACUGAUGGUCACUCUAUUUUUCUUUUUUUUUUUGAUAAAUUAAAGUGGUUUUAGUUGUGCUUUGCAAAUAUUGCUCUGAUUCUUUUGGAUUCGGAAGAUUGUGGGGCCAGAGUGAUUUAAAAGUGCAAUAGAAUUAGUUUAAAGUAAUGUACUACAAUAAGAGAUUGCAUCCAAGACAGGCAAGACGUGUUGAGAUUGCAUACAUUUCUGAUGAUUGUGAAGUGCACUCGGGAGGAUCUAGACUUUCCCUGGAUCAAAUCUCACGCAAAUCCUCAACUCCUACACGUGAGAUUCCAGCACGCAAAGUUAUCACGGUGGUGGAUGAAGAUCCCACCAGAGAUCAUAGAUUCGAUGCGCUAUUCUGUGGCACAGAUCGAUUAAAUUAUGCCCAUGAGAAAUUCACAAAAUCCACAAACAGUCAGCAGAAUGGUCAGGAGGGAAGUGGGAUGAAGGUGCAGAGUCAGACAGAGAGUCACCAAAAUGGAAAUGGCGUUCCUAGCCAGGAAAGUGAAGAUCCUCUUCAAGCGAACGAAGCUCGCCCCAAAUUUGUCGCUGUCACCAGUCUCGAAGAUGUCCAAGCUGUACGAUGUGCAGAAUUUCAUCCCAGUGGGAGCGUUUAUGCCGUUGGCUCAAAUUCCAAGACAUUCCGGAUUUGUGAAUAUCCAAUAUUGGCAAACAUUAGGGAAGAACACACAACAUACCAGCCCCAGGUGGUGUUCAAGAGAACAAAGCACCACAAGGGAUCCAUCUACUGCAUGGCAUGGUCACCGCAGGGUGAUCUCGUGGCCACGGGCUCCAAUGACAAGACUGUGAAGCUGAUGCGGUACAAUGAAGUGCAGAGGCAGCUGGAGGGACGAGAAGUGGAGCUGACGAUGCACGAUGGCACCGUGAGGGAUCUCUGCUUCAUUGAGGACAGCACCAACAAGGCUAGUCUGCUCAUCAGUGCUGGAGCUGGAGAUUGCAAGAUCUACGUCACGGACUGCAUGACUUCGACACCCUUCCAGGCCCUCAGCGGGCACGGGGGGCACGUGUUGUCCCUCUACAAUUGGGGUGGUGCUAUGUUCGUUUCCGGAUCACAGGAUAAAACCGUGAGGUUCUGGGAUCUGAGGACGAGGGGAUGUGUAAAUAUGGUGACGCCAGCAACAGUUCCGGGCUCUAGGCAGGGAUCCCCAGUGGCAGCGGUUUGUGUGGAUCCAUCUGGACGUUUGUUGGUGUCCGGACAUGAGGACAGUUCUUGUGUUUUGUACGAUAUUCGGGGCAAUCGGCCAAUUCAGUGCUUCAAGCCACAUGCAGCAGAUAUCAGAUCCAUAAGAUUCUCCCCAUCUGCCUAUUACUUGCUCACUGGUGGGUAUGACAAUAAGCUGGUGCUGACGGAUCUCCAGGGUGAUCUGACGAUGCCCCUGCCGUCAGUUGUGGUGGCACAGCACACGGACAAGGUGAUUUCUGGCCGGUGGCAUCCCACUGACUUUUCCUUCUUGUCCACGUCCGCCGACAAGACGGCAACCCUGUGGGCAUUGCCGCCAAUUUAAGAGCGAGAAACGUGCUAAUCAACUUUCGCAGUGGCAAAUGCAUAUAGAGUUUUAAUCGAUUGCUAAAGGUGCAUUAACAUUUUUAAUUACAAUUUUCUUAGCCUCUUGUUCUUUACCCCAAAGGCCCCCUGUCCCUCUCCUUGUUGAUUUCACGGCGUUACUAUUUUGUAAUUUAUUAAUUUACAUUACUUGUUUAUGUUUUUUUUUUUCAACAAUUUCAUUCACUCUCUGUGUACGGUGGACUGGAAAAUUGCCUUUUUUUACAUUAUCAUCAUCGCUAAUUUAUUAAAACAAAAAUUAUUACACCACAGCCCCUUUUUUUAAAAAAUACUUGUGGGCAUUUUUUUUAUUGCUAAUGCAUUUUAUGAGUCUCAAGAAGAUGGUACACAGAGAGGAACUAAUGGAUAAUUUAUUAAUCUUUUUUUUUCGAAGAAAAUGCAACAUUUUUUCUACUGUUUUUAUCUUCUUCUUCUAAGUGCAAGAAACUCAAACUUGCUCAAAGUGAAGAGUAAAAAAAAGGAAAUCAAAUUAAAAAUAAUAAAAAUUGAAUUAAAAAAAAAUGAAGAGAUACUAUAACUAUUAAUUAUUGACUAUUGAACCCUUUCUUAUUAAUCAUUGAAAUGGAAGGUGAAAAGAUGAUGUACUAUUGAUGCAAAAAAAAUAAUGUGUUGUAGUUUUUAAUAUUUAAAACAGAGAACAAAAAGAAAAAAAUAGUGAAAAACACAAGAACAAUACACACUUUUAAUAAAGAAAAAUUUUGACUCGAUACGAGACAAAAAUAAGCUUCUGUUUGAUGAAAAUCUGUUGCAAAGAAUUGUGUUGACAGAUUUUUGUGGAAAAAUCUGAGAUGGUUCAUUUUAUAAAAGCAUUGUAAUAAUGACAAUUUAUACGUACUAAUGGUAUUUGUCGAUGUAUUUUUCCAAACACACUCACCCAAAAAAAAAAAACACACAAUAAAAGCAGAAAGAUUUACUACUAAAAAAAA